AUGUUCUCAUUCCUCCGUGCCACCUCUCCCCCGCGCACAAACAACGCCUCCAACAACCCCAUAAUCUACGAAAACGGCCUCUCAUCAGUAACAUUCCACCCACCCAACUCCAAAUCAAUAAUGACGCACCGCCUCCCCCCCAACAACUCCUCCAACGGCAUUUCCAUAAUCCAACCCCCUUUCCACUACCACAUCCACCAAGCCGAAUACUUCAACAUCCGCUCCGGCACGGGAAACUUCUACCGGGGAUUGGACCCUAAACCAUUCAUCCUCUCUUCUGAGCCGGGAGCAAAGAAAACGGCGUCGAUUCCAGCGGGUCAGUAUCAUCGGUUUGAGAACGCGUCGGAGACGGAGGAUUUGGUGCUGGAUAUUCAUCUCACGCCUGAGUCGUAUGAGGAUGAGAUGAAGUUCUUUAGGAAUUUCUUUGGGUACCUGGAUGAUUGUAAGAAAUCAAAGGUGGAGCCGAGUUUGUUUCAGCUGUUGGUGUUUUUGUAUGCAGCCGAUACGCCGUUGGCACUUCCUUUGCCUACUGAAUGGUUAGGUAGAUGGGUGAGCAGGGUUUUUCUUAUUGUGGUUGCUUUCUGGGGAAGGUUGCUGGGGUAUCAAGAAAGUUAUGCGGAGUAUUAUGAGGAGGGGAAGUCGAAGUGA